GGCAAAGCAACCAGCUCAAGAAAAAGAAAACCCCCAUCCACCUCUCUCAAAAUGCAGAAUUUCCUCCCAACCCUCCUCCUUCUCAUUACCACCGUCACCGCCACCCCAACACCCAUCGACCUCGUCCGGCGCGAAUGUAAAUACCUUGCCCCCUCGGCCAUCGACAUCCUCAGCGAGAGCAACCCCGACACUCCCUCCCUGGGCAACCACUUCUCUCUCUCCCACGAGGCCAAUCCCUCACGCAACACCGAAACUGUCGCCUUAACCUUCACCGACAUCCCCGCCACCGCAAGCGGCUGUGUCCUACAACUCGCGAUCCCGAAGCUGACGCACGAGAACGAGAUUGCGUCCGGAACAGCCACGCAGGCUGAGAUCUGGAAAACGAACCCGUGGACACACGACGAUGCCCCGACUUGGAGCCAUCCCCCGCACAAAGACCGGAUGGUGUCCACGACGGGAUUCCCGACUGAGGUGACCGAUGAGAAAGACGUGAGAUGGUUGGCGAGUGAUACUUGCAGUGAGACAAUGAGCUAUUAUGUCGAGUUGAGUGAUUGGCAGAACAGUGAGGGUGACGUUGAUUUUGAGAAUCAUGUUGAUGGUGGUGAUGGUGAUUUGGGAUUCAGGAUGGUCUAUGGGUGUUAGGUCUCUUAUUUGGCUCCACUGGUGAAAGGCGUGAUUAGGUGACAUGUGAGGGAUGUUCGAGAGCUAUUUAGGGCUUUGUGGUGAUAAUGUUUUCAGGUCCAGGGGGGAAGUAUUUUGUUGACGGUCAUGCUAUACGGGUUUUGUAUCGACUUCAUGUUUGUUGUUACGUUAGAUCGUUCAGUUUCCGA